AUGGUCAGCGACAACAACAACGUUCACCGUAAUGGUGACCCUUUCAACCUUGACAGCAUGCUCCAAGACACCGCUGCUGCGAACGGGCAAGCUCAGUCUAGGCGCUACGAAACCGACUCCAGGGAUGGGCAGCCAGCCUCAUCCUCGACGGAAGCCUCCAUGCAGCACGAGAAUCAACAAGAUGACAACCACUCCACCCACGUGGAUAUCCCUGUGCCCGAGAAUGUUGAUUCGGCCACAAUAACCCUGCUCGCCGCCAUCAACCGGACCAACCGCCUCUUGUUCCAACAAUACCAGAGAAUCAUCACGCUAGAAAAGAAGCAACGAUCUCGCUCUCCCCCGCGAAGACGUCAUCGGCUUGGCUCUCCUUCCCGCUCCUCAACACACCCUAGAAGAACUUAUCGACACAGGUCCUACACGCCAUCUUCUCGUCGAAAGGACACUCCGUCCCCGAGACGAGGACGAGGACGACAAAAUUCUGAUAGCCCUUCACCACAACCACGCACCCGUGGGCAGGAGUUAGAAAGGAAGAUCAUGGUUGAGCCAAAGAAACAUGGGCGCACACCUCCCCGCAAGGAACGCCGCCCCUCCCAAGAAGAAAACCAUCGACAAGAAACGUUGACCCAUAGACUCUCCUCGCCGACGACAUCAUCGGUAUGA